GCGGCCGGCCGGCGUUGCAUUCGCGGACGAUCCAGAGAGGUGAAUCACCUUUUCGUUUCCAGUUUUACUCAUCAACGUGCAAGUCUCUCGAGCCCGUUACACGCGCCGUCACAUCCACUCCCUACGGCUCGUUGUGUUGUCAAUUUAAAUAACGAGGGGAUCAUUCGAAAGUUAGCCGCGCUCGUUUGCCGCUCGUUCUCCUUCGAGUUCGGAUCGACCCCGUGACGAGGUCCAUCGGCUAGUUAAGUCGGUAACCGGUUAAUUAUUCGGAGUCGGUAGACGCAAAUAGAAGUAGAGAGUGACCUGUUGGACCCAAACGAGAUUCGAAUCGCGGUCAAGACGAAGAGUAAACUGUACUCGGAUCUGAACUACGCUGACUUGAAUUUCAUCUAAGGCGAUCGUGUCUUCGUUCAUCGAGAUGGCCGACCAGAACGAUUGGGACUACUCCGCCCAAAAUGGACCCAGCACGUGGGUGUCGAAAUUCCCAAUGGCUGGAGGAUCCAGGCAGAGUCCGGUGAACAUCGAGACAGAACGGGUUGAAUCCGAUCACGAAGCUCUGAGCAGCAAACAAUUGCGUUGGAAAUAUCCGGCUACGGCUUCCCGGAGUCUCGUUAAUCCGGGCUACUGUUGGCGAAUGGACACCGACGGCGAGGGGACUUUUUUGAGCGGUGGCCCAUUGGUGGACGACGUUUACAAAUUGGAGCAGUACCACUGUCACUGGGGCUGCAGUGAUUCCAGGGGCUCGGAGCACACGGUUAAUGGACAAGCUUUCGCAGGGGAGCUACAUUUGGUGCACUGGAACACGAGCAAGUACAACACCUUCGCGGAAGCCGCGAAAGCACCCGAUGGCCUUGCGGUUCUCGGAGUAUUUCUCAAGGUGGGUAAGACGCACGAGGAAAUGGAGAAGAUUGCCCGUCUGUUACCAUACGUGUCACACAAGGGCGAAGUCGUAGAAAUUACGGAACCGAUCGAUCCCAGCAAGCUACUUCCCGAUGAUAACGGUUACUGGACGUACUUGGGAUCGUUGACGACGCCUCCUUGCAACGAGAGCGUCACGUGGAUCUUGUUCAAGAAAUGCAUUGAAGUGUCCCAUCAUCAAUUGAACAUCUUCCGUAAUUUGCGGAAAUUCUCCCGGGGCGAAGAGUGUCCUUGCCAUGAAAAUCAUGGAGCGGUAAUCAACAACUUCCGUCCGCCGAUGCCGCUGGGCAAUCGCGUGCUACGCGAAUGCGGCAGCCUCUGAAACAUCGUACCCGUCGAUUUCGAUUCACUCUCGGGCGAAAAACGACGCUACAAAAGAGACGCGUGCGCCCGCCGUUCAUUCAUUGAUUCAUUAUACAUGAAUCAAUCGCGAUAGUUUCCCGGGGUUUUGAUCGAGGGAAAUAAUUCACCGUUCGUUAUCAAUCGCGGACCUUUUACUCUGCUAAGUGCCUUCUUCCGUUUGUCAAGUCCCGUACGGAACGCUGAGGAAGAGUGGCGAACGGGAAAUCCUCUGGAUAGGAAAUUGGGCUGCGGAACGGUUCAUUUUAUCCAAUAACACUAAAUCGAAAGAUACGGUAGAUUCGGAUUGAUCGGAGGAAUUAGAAAGUACUAUCUUUUAUAUUGAUUGACGAUUCUUCAUUUAAAUGAAAAACAAAAAUAAAGAGCUUCAUCGUAGGAAAAGAAGUUACGGAGAGUACAAAAGAGAAUGAUAGUACGGAUAAAAUAAAUUCGAAGGCGCCGUGACGCGGAACAUAAACGUGUUCGAAAAGUAGAAUUAUGCAUUACUAGACUGCGGAUUUUAUGCAUUUGAAAGUAAACGUGCAAAGAAUGUAAACACUGCAUGUGAUGUAUAGAAAUGUAGAGAAUAUCGAAGGCAGACUGCAUACUGCAAUAUUUAAAUGAUAAUAGAAACUGUUAUUUAAAUACACAUUUUUUAAACUAGAACCAUAAAUACUUUGCAUUAAAAUCUGCAGUCUAUGCAUUAAAUAUGAUCUGUUUGAAUAAAACGAGUCCCUACUUUUUAGGACGAUUGACGAUCCAAAGUGCAAUUAAUUAGAACCGAUACGGAAUAACUUCUGCUUGACCUAUUCCGUUUUUUAAAGUAGAAUGACUAUUUAGAAGACAGUUUUCAUCAUCGGAUAACAAAACGUGCCUAUACGUAUACAUAGAUAUUUACAAAAACUGAAGUAUAGUCGAAUCGCGAUGGAGGAUUUGUAAAACGUAUUCUAAACUCGAUAGUUCGAGGUUCUUAAAAUAGAUCCGUCCAUUAUUGGCAGAUCCCUGUGGGAUAUAUUACAUAAUUAUAAAAAUUAUUGUGUCAUUGGAUGCCAUACGAUGAAUAUUUUACAUGAUGACGUAUAUGUUAUACUGUAUACCAGGGGUUUCCAACGGGGUUGGUAUCGACUCCUUAGAGGUUGAUGACAUUUUCGAGGGACUCGAUGGUGAAAGCGUCGAUAACCGAAUAUGCACCGGCUAUUUGUCGGCAUAAUCGAGAUUCCAUUGAUUACAAGAACCAUUUAUUAAUCGAAUUGAUACUUAAUUGUGUAUUGAUAUAAAGCUAUAUCACGUAGUAAGGAAGAAAUCAUAUAAAAUAUAUAUGAGGGAAACAAUACACCAAAAUUAUUUAAUACGUUGUAAAGACUAAUAAUAUUUUAUAAAUAUAUAUACAUUUUUUUAUGUAAUAUAAAAAAGUAGAACACAUAUGAGGAAAUCUUAUACUGCGUGUAUUAUAGAGAAAACUAGUUGAUGAGAAGAAAACCAUUGUUUUAAAAGUCGAUGGAAGGAAAUCGUUGGAAAUCCCUGCUACAUACAAAAUCGUGUUGUUCAUAGAAAUUUGCAGUUCGUGCAUAGUUUUUAAAACGAGGCUGUCGAAUGGUUAAACAAAUUACUAUAGAAAAUUAUGAGUAACACGUUUAUAAUCUACUUAUUAUAAAAUUGAAGGAACAGAGUGCCGUGCCAGUUUACGAUAUCGUACAUUGGGCACGCGUUCAUGUAUUCGCUUGCUAUGUAAGUCAUUUUUUUAAAAGCACACCGAAUGGAAAACCGCUGAUUCGACGAAUCUCCGAUCGUGCACGCGACUAUACGUGCCUUUAUUACUUUAACCACUCGCGCUAAAUAACGCAAUUGUUAAUAAAUAACGUUUCGCACCCUACGAUCGUCGAUCAUUAUAUUCGAUCGCUUUCAGACGCGAAACGCUGUGAGACAUUAUCCUUCUUGCAUAUUGCAAUUAUUUUUUUAAACAGAUAACGUGUUGUUGCUUUUACGAUGAGGGUACCUCGUCUCGUUUUAUUAUUGUAGUUAGUAGGUUGAAAAGAGAGAAAUGAGAACGGUAUUCAAUUGACUUCCAAAUCUAUUUACAUAUGACAUUUCGUUCCAAUAUACAUAUACUAUUGUACAUUAUCCAGACAUUUAACUCGAUGUACCUUGUACGUUUAUUAAAACCUGACACUGUAUAGAAGUCGACAGACCACUUAUGUUUUAAUAUCAGUAGACAUCAGUCCGACUGUUAAUAACUUACUUUUAAUCUUCAUUUCUAUCACCUCGUUUAUUGAAACCUGACUUUGUAUAAAAAUCGACAGUAUGAGUAAUCUUAGUAUCAGUUUGAUCGUUGAUAAUUGUACAGAAAGUAGUUGCGUGCGUUGAUUUAAAACCGAAAUUUUGAUGAGUCAUACACGCGUUAUUCGAUUCGAUUCUCUGAUUAUGAUACAACUUGCGUGAUCGUGUUCAUCGAAGACCGUGAAAAUAAAUGCUGUCUUUGCAUAUAAAGUAAUGUUAGCAUUAAACGAUACGGUUAAAGCGCUGAAACUGUUAAACGUUCUUUCUCCCUCUGAAACGUGUGAUCCUAAUGUAUUAACUUUCUCGCAAUAAUAGAGAGAGUCGUUCAUACGUUUUGGCGAUGAUUAACUAAAUAUAAUCCGUGUUUCAUUUCUUCUUUUUGUAUUUAUUCUUGAACACGAGAGAGAACCGAUCUGUACAUGUAUGAUUCGUAGCAUUGACUGUGAUAAAUGAGACGUAAGAGAAGAGAAUAUGAUAAAUAAAUGAUCGCGAGGAAAUCUCGCGGUGAUUGUGUUUAAAUUGAACGAAUUGUAUGUUGAAACCUUUCCAAAAAUUGAUUACUUAACGUUAGGACUGACAUUGAGGGAAAAGGCCUCGCGUGCGUAGAACAGAAAAACACGCUGCACCUUUUUAAAUUAAAGGAAGAAGAACUGGUCGAUAACGAGAGGCAGGAUUGUACAGUAAAUAUCAAUUUAUUUAUUUCCCAAUUGGUUUUCAACACCACUACAGUGUAACAGUGAUAUUAAUAUACAGAUAAUCGGAUGAGCUUUGAA